GUUCACUAGGAAUCAAUUAUAACGACAUCACUUCGCGAACAGCACAGGAAAUGCCACGCCACGCCAUUUCAUCUCAUCUCACCCCCGCACCUAUUACAUUGUUCACAAAUAGAUCGUUUAAGACUGCAGAUAUAGUCAUUCACUACAAUCCCCUCUAGAUACCCCUUGAGUGGGCCUUCAAUCCACAGACAUAAUAUUUCUGCACUCCCAGCACAAUAUCCUACAUCCCCGCCUCACCGCUCUCCCCGCCCUGACCGCCUCCCAGUCAGCCUCCCGGUCAACCUCCCCAGCCUCUAUACAACGUCUUAAUAAACUAACGGCGCUGAUAAACUAAUUAUUGCUACUGUGGGUGUUAUAUAGAGAAUGCCGCUAUAAUAUAUGCCAAGCCUACAUAGUUAUACAGGGGCAACAUACGUUAAAAAGCCACGAUGGGCUUGGCAACGAGGCCGAUGUACCUAGAAUUAUGUAGUCGCGUAUUUGAUUGGCCAGUUGCCCCUGCUCGCGCAUUUAAAGGGUGGCGACCACAGAAAACACCUGGAAUUCCUCGACCACUUCGCUUUUUCGAGCUGGGGUUUCCCCAAUCCUAAGAUCACCCCUCAUUUUACCCCACGUGUGAGGUCGACUGUCUACUUGAAUACGGGGAACAGCAUGGUUCGAUCGUGGGGAUUUCGGUGAAAUAUUAUAUAAAUAUUUGAAACAAUUUGGCCGAGACUUUUACUUGCCAUCUGAUGAUCUGAAUUAGUGGUCCCUUUGGUCCCACAGCAGUUGCAGGCCCCUGGAACGAAACGUCAUGUUAAGCUCGCGCUUUCGUCUUGGGGCGAGUUCUGCACGAUCGGGCACGUUGAUAGGUGGCUGACAGUCAGCCUACCCACAUGAAUUUUUACCAACUAGACUCCAACUAGCAAGGCGUAAUGGACCCCAGAGGGGCCAGUUAGUUGAGCCUCCGUUGAGAUUUGAGAUCGACAUGGAAGUGAGUUCUCCAUUGAAGUCACCGGCAAAUAAUUUCACCAGGUGAUGUACAGAAAACUAUAACUAUAAUUACCCCAUACCCCAGAUUCGUGGGGAUCUUUUGAGAGUUUCUGUUGAAUGCUUUUCUCUUGCUCUUUCAUCCCAAUCACUCGUUGUCGCCUCUCUUAAGCUGCCGGUCAAGCUGAGAAACGACACAAUGGCAGACCAAUUAUCUAAAGAGGGCGCACAUGCGGCCCAGGUCGACAAGCCGACUUCUGAAGGAAUCGAAAACUUCCAGAAGACGGCGCCCAACGAGAAUGCUGUCGGGCUAUCCUCGCUCGCCGACCCUGAGCAUCGCGCGCGUGUUGAGAAGAGCCUGAAGCGGAAACUCGAUUCUCGAUGCGCGCUCUUCGUCCUCAUCUACAUUAUGAACUACCUUGAUCGCAACAACAUUGCUGCUGCGCGACUAAAGGGUCUUCAAGAUGAUCUUCACUUGGAUAACAACCAAUACGCAACCUGCCUCAGUAUCCUCUACGUUGGGUACAUUCUCAUGCAGGUCCCCUCCAACAUGUUCAUGAACAAAAUCCAGCGCCCCUCGCUCUACAUCUCCGCAGUAAUGAUUGUCUGGGGCCUUGUAUCAACCCUAUCGGGUGUGGUGAACAACUUUGCCGGCAUGGUGUUGAUCCGUUUCUUCCUCGGUUUUAUUGAGGCUGCUUUCCUUCCGGGAGCUUUACUCAUCCUGUCGAAGUGGUAUACCCGCCGAGAGCUGACGACAAGGAAUGCCAUCCUUUUCUGUGGAAAUCUCAUCUCAAAUGCCUUUUCGGCUCUUAUCGGUGCUGGAGUGCUCUCAAACAUGCAAGGUGUGCUGGGUCAUGCUGCUUGGCGUUGGCUGUUCUGGAUCGAGGGAGCCAUCACUAUGGGCAUCGCCCUUUCUGCUGCCUUUAUUCUCCCUGACCUGCCCCACAACACUCGUGGCUUCACGAAGGAGGAGCUUGAACUAGCCCAACUGCGGAUGACCGAGGAUGUUGGCGAGGCUGACACAGAUUCCGAGGACCAAGGGGCCUUCGGUGGACUGCUCAUGGCUUUGAAAGACACUAAGAUGUACAUUCUGAUGUUGACUUUAACCGCCUACGUUGUUGGCCUUUCCUUCAACGCUUUCUUCCCUACUCUUACCAAAACACUCGGCUUCGGCUAUGUGCCAACUCUACUCAUGAGUGCGCCACCGUGGGUGUGUUCUUGUAUUUUCUCUCUGAUCGUUGCCUGGAGCUCCGAUAGGCAUCAAGAGAAGUUCUGGCACAUUGUCGGACCGAUCUGUGUUGGAUUAGUUGGUUUCGUGAUCAGCAUGAGUACAUUGAAUGUCGCUGCUCGAUAUGUCGCUCUCUUCUUGCAAGCAUCUUCUUACGCAGGGUUUAUUGUUUUGUACUCUUGGAUCAGCUCAUCGUUCCCGCGCCCACCUGCUAAGCGCGCCGUUGCAAUCGCAAUGGUCAACGCAUUUAGUCAGCUUGGUAAUGUUGCCGGCUCGUACGUCUGGAAUCUCCCGGCGAAUGGGUUCCGCAAGAGCUACGGUAUCGUGACGGCCAUGUUUGGCAUUACCAUCGUCGGCUGCUUCAUCUUCCGUUUUGUCCUUACCAACCUCAACAAGAAGCUCGAGGAGCAGGAGAGGGCCUUGGAUACCGAGCCUGACUUUGUUAAGGAGGUGAUGAACCAGCCUGACGAGUCUAUGAGGAUGCAGAGGGGAUUUAGAUACCUGGUAUAAGCCUAGAAUGGGUUGCUAGGCAAUACUAUGGCCUGGUGGAGUUAAAUUGUUCAAGACCAUCGACACCGAUGAUACCCGCGGACGCUAUACCAUAGCCAUCCAGUAUGUUGUAGGCCAAUGGUCACCCUUGGAGUUACAAAUCUAGACUCUAGAGUAAGCACAAUAGUAUGGAAUACAAAAUUAUAAAUAUAUGUUUUUAUUAGAACAA